AUGCUUAAGGAUAAUCAGUGGUCAGCUCUCCAUCAAGCUCGCCAAAUAUUAGUGGCAACGGCCAUAUUGGUUUUUUGGUUACACUGUAACUGCUUAUACAUUUUUUUUACUCUCUCUCUCUCUCUCUCUCUCUCUCUCUCUCUCUCUCUCUCUCUCUCUCUCUCUCUCUCUCUCUCUGUAGAAAUAACUCUUAUUUGUGAAACACGUACGCAACUGCAAGUAACUUCUUCUUCUUCCGUCCUGCAACUCUUCUCGCCAAGGUCCGAACUCUUCUCUCUGCCGUCUGGGGUGAUCUCUUCUCUCUGCCUUCCGGGGCUGAACUCAUCUGCUUGUUUGGCCUGCAACUUUACUGCCUGUCUGGCCUGCAAUUCUUCUGCUUGUCUGGCCUGCAGCUCUUCUGCCUAUCUGGCCUGCAAUUCUUCGGCCUGUCUGGCCUGCAAUUCUGCUCCAACUUCUCUGCGGCUUUCGAGCAAUUUUCUUCUCUUCGACUUGGCUGCAACUUCUCUGCCUAAAUUUCAACUCUCUCUCUUCCUGAGUGUCUUUAAAACUUCUUCGUUACUCCAAUGCUUGCUCUCUCUCUCUCCCUCUCCCUCUCUCUCUCUCCCUCUGCCUCUCCCUCUCUCUCUCUCUCUCUCUCUCUCUCUCUCUCUCUCUCUCUGA